GCUUGUUAUUGCCAUCAUGAUUAAUAAUCACUCCGUUACUGAAUGUAUGCAUUCUGUGUUGUUCAAGAGAGACGUCGCUGCAUAAGACGUGAAAUGCCGAGGAUUCUCAGCAAAAUUAGUGUUUAUACACCGUUUGUGCAGAGCGGAUACCAACUCCCAUUACUCAGCUGCUUCCGACCCAUGGAUUGACGUAGCGCCUCGGCUAUUACCCGAUUGGGACUCUCAAUCUUACCCCGGGCCGACGCGUGGAAAAGGAAAAAAGGAUCUCUGCCACCUGAAGAACUCCUUUGCCCCUGAUCCUGCCCUUAGAUCUUUACUUUGCUGUAUAUUCCUUUUUUCUAUACGACUUUUUUUAUUGUACUGCGUUUGUCUUUUGAUUUAUAGAGACCCCCCUCCAUGGCGAACCGAGUGACCCUGUUUGAGCCCCCGCCACUGGAUGCCUCCAGGGCGCCGAUCGAAAAUGUUCUGGACCUGACGCCGGUGAUUGAUAUUGGGCCGGAUGUCUUCACGAACACCCGUCCCCUCUGGCAUCCCCCCGGUGCGCGGGGUAUAUACGGUGGCGCGGCCAUUGCGCAAUCACUUGCCGCGGCAAUGCGCACGGUGCCCACGGACUUCGCCGUCCACAGCAUGCAUUGCUAUUUUGUCCUCGCGGGCGACUCCGAGAUCCCGAUUCUAUACCACGUCGAACGAGUGCGCGACGGAAGAAGCUUCAUCACCCGAACCGUCCAAGCGCGCCAACGCGGCCGUCCCAUCUUCACCACCACCCUGAGUUUCAGCAAGGCCAACAGCGGGGGAAAGAAGACCCUCCAACAUGCCGCCCCGAUGCCCGACAUUGAGCUUCCGAAGGAGCCCACACCGGGGUUGAGGGGAACUUUGGACCAGUCGGCUGGUGGUGGUCCCUUCGAGUCGAAAAAGGCCGGCAUCGUGAACCGAACCUCCCCCAACGCUGAAGAAAAGAAGGUCCGCCGCUUCUUGCGAGCCCGGGGGAAGAUCUCCGAGACGGGCGGCCACCAGGCGAAUCUCUCCGCGCUCGCGUACAUCACCGACAGCUUCUUCAUCGGCACCGUUACCCGCGUGCACGACAUCCCCCGGUUCACCUCGCCGCAGGAACUCGAGCGGGCGCUGAAUGCGCUGAAGAACCCGUCCGACCUGGACGACGAGGACAUUGCGCGCGCGCUCAAGGAGCUCAAGGAGGAGGAGGCGCUGGAGCUCCGCCGUCGGCUCGAGGGAGCCCUGAGUAAGGCGACGGCGGAGAAGAACAAGGCCGACCGCAAAGAGGUCGGCAUGAUGGUCAGUCUGGACCACUCGAUCUACUUCCACAACCCGUGGGCGUUCCGCGCGGAUGAGUGGAUGCUCACGGAAAUGGAGAGCCCGUGGGCUGGUGAGGGUCGCGGUCUGGUGCUGCAGAAGAUUUGGUCGAAGGAUGGGGUGUUGAUCGCCACAUGCACGCAAGAGGGUGUUGUGAGAUUAAAGCAGGAUGAGAAGCCUCGCUCGAAGAUCUAGGGGUACUUGUCUGUGUUUGAUCUCAAUUAUUUCCUUUCUUUUUACAUUCCGUUAUAGAGCUCUUUGCACAACGUCUUUCUUUUCCUGUUUGUUUAUAUUAUAUACACCGAUACACCGUUUGAUGUUUAAUCAGCUUAUCUAUUACUUAUUCCUUGUUGCGGCUCCUUGCUUGCAUUACUUUAC